CACAGUGCGCGGCUCCGCGGAGGCGCAUGCGCACUCAAGCUGUCUCACGGAGGGACCAUUUCCUCUUGGAGGCCUGUGCUUGCAAAGAGAGUAGAGGUUAGUCUGCGCAGGGACUAUAUUUUAUUUUUAAAAAUAUAACUGGAUAACUGCGAGAUACAACUAUAUCUGUGGAGAGCAACACAGAGCAGCUCCUUUCUGAGUCGGUGCUGCACUGGGAGCUCGCGGCACGUUGUUUAUUAUUCAUUACCGCUGGAGAUUAAUUAUAAAUACCACUCGGAAUCGCUGAGAGAACAUUGUAUCUAAAAAAAAAAUCGACUUUCUUCUUUGUUUCUGCAAUACUGUGGAUCGCUUUCUGAAGACAGAUUAUAUAUUUUGUAAUUACAAAUAUUAUUUGUUCAUUAAGACCCGCUGCAGCCGUUGUGUUCAUUAAUGGACUAGCUACCCAGACGUAGCAUCUUGAACACGGAGUUGGUAUUUACUUGUAUCUACACCCGAAGGAAAGGAAUUACAACGCAGCUUCCAAAAAGGCAAUACAAGCUCUGAUGGUACCAGGUGACUUGUGACUGGCGUGAGGAGGAACCCACUUCCCAAUCGACUUCACCAUGUCUGGGAUUCAGACAACGUGGCCUGCUGGCACCGAAUGCAUAGCCAAGUACAACUUCCAGGGCGAUGCUGAGCAGGACCUGCCGUUCAGCAAAGGAGACGUCUUAACCAUCAUCGAAGUCACCAAGGACCCAAACUGGUACAAAGCGAAAAACAUUGUGGGGCGGGAAGGCAUCAUCCCAGCGAACUAUGUGCAGAAAAGGGAAGGAGUGAAAUCAGGGAGCAAGCUCAGCCUCAUGCCCUGGUUCCAUGGGAAGAUCCCACGGGAGCAGGCAGAGCGGCUCCUCUACCCCCCCGAGAUCGGCCUCUUCCUGGUCCGUGAGAGCACCAACUACCCCGGAGACUACACGCUGUGCGUGAGCUGUGAGGGCAAGGUGGAGCACUACCGCAUCAUCUACCACAACGGCAAGCUGUCAAUCGAUGAGGAGGAGUACUUCGAUAACCUCAUGCAGCUCGUGGAGCAUUACACCACAGAUGCAGACGGACUAUGUACUAAACUGAUCAAACCCAAACUCAUGGAAGGGACGGUGGCUGCUCAAGACGAAUUCUCCAGAAGUGGCUGGGCUCUCGUUAGAAAGGAUCUCAAGCUGUUGCAGCCCAUAGGGAAAGGGGAGUUCGGAGAUGUGAUGCUGGGAGACUACAGAGGGAAUAAGGUGGCUGUGAAGUGCAUCAAACACGAUGCCACCGCCCAGGCCUUCAUCGCUGAGGCCUCCGUCAUGACGCAACUCCGACACAAUAACCUGGUGCAGCUCCUGGGGGUCAUAGUGGAGGAGAAGGGCGGUCUCUUCAUAGUUACAGAGUACAUGGCCAAGGGCAGUCUGGUGGAUUACCUGCGGUCUAGAGGGAGGUCUGUGCUGGGUGCAGACUGUCUGCUCAAGUUCUCACUCGACGUGUGCGAGGCCAUGGAGUACCUGGAGGCCAACAACUUCGUCCACAGAGACCUGGCGGCACGCAAUGUCCUUGUCUCUGAGGACAACAUCGCCAAAGUGAGCGACUUCGGACUGACCAAAGAGGCCUCUUCCACCCAGGACAUGGGCAAGCUGCCCAUCAAGUGGACAUCCCCGGAGGCACUGCGGGAAAAGAAAUUCUCCACAAAGUCUGACGUGUGGAGCUAUGGAAUUCUCCUGUGGGAGAUCUACUCCUUCGGCCGAGUGCCUUACCCCAGGAUUGCCCUCAAGGACGUGGUCCCGCGGGUGGAGAAGGGCUACAAGAUGGACGCUCCAGAUGGCUGCCCCCCCGUGGUGUACGACAUCAUGAAGCAGUGCUGGAUCCUGGACCCGCUGGUCCGGCCCAGCUUUCGAGUCCUGAGGGAGAAGAUGCAGCACAUCCAGGCCAAGGAGCUGUACCUGUGAGGCGGGAGCCCAGAACAAGAGGGGGGGGGGGGGGGGCUACCUUUACGAGACUCUGUGCUCAAACCUAGAGGAGGAGAAAUCCAAGCAGACUCUGGAUCGCUUCAUUGAUGAAGCCUCCUGAACUCUAUAUCCCAGUCUCUCUUGUAGGGGAGGGAGGGGCUGGCACCUUUUCUUCCACGUUCAGUACGAAUAUGUGUUGCUUAAAUGAAUUCUACUGUGUAUGAUGAGCCCCACCCCCUCUCCUUGUGUUAGUGUAAAAUCUCCAGUUCCAGCAUGCUUCAUCCCUCCUGCUGCCAAAGUCCUUGUGGUCGAUACGCUGUGUGCGAAGUGCCUCCAGACCGCAGACACCACUGCGGUAUUGCAUUGCUGUCUGAUUGACACGCCCCUUUUUAUUUCAUGUAUGGAUUAUUUUUUAUUUUUUUUAUGAUUAUAAUUAUUGCUGUUAUUGUUGUUGUGUUUUUGGCUUGUUUCUCUGCCCUCCCUUCUUCGACACAGACUUACUGAGUUGUCCACUUAUCAAAGAAAAAUGUGCAUCAGCCAGUCCUUUUACUACGCUUAAAAUAAAAAUAAUAAAUAAAUAAAAUGUGGGGAAAAAAGUUUCAUUAAGAAUAUUGGGUUUCUUAAAAAAAAAAAAAAUACAUAAAUAAAAGGACCAAAACACAGAGAGUCUGUGUUCACAUGUUAAGCUGGGAUGGUUUGCAUGCUGUGUGGGAGGCCUGGGUUCACUGUCUGUGUUAAUCUUGUUUGUUUUUAUGCUGCGAUUGAAUAUAAAUAAACCAUUCCAUCUGACCAGUUUGAAAACGA